UUGCACAACCAUAAGCAUUAUGGCGCACUAUUGCUCUACAAUAUAUAUCUCUUCAUUUGGAUUUGGAAAUUUUCCCCUGACAUGAAAACACACCCUUAACAGAGGACUGACCUAAAUUACUGUGCAUGUGUAGAGAUUCAAAUAAACAUUGUACGACGGAUUUAUAAAGGCUUCAGGCAGGAUUCAACAAAACCUGACAUACUUUGCAGGGUAUAUUUACCUUUGCUCACUGGGGAACGUGUACUCUGGCCGCGGGCACAUAACAACAUGGCGACACCAAUCUAUACCUACGUGCUGAUUUCCAUCCUGAUAACCUCAGUGAGUUGUCAGAACCCCCAGAUUGUGGAAGACAUUUUCCCUGAAGUGAAGAGGAAAGGUGACACAGGCUACCUGAACUGUACUGUCAGCAGGCAACAGAACAAUAAGGUUAAUUGGAUCCAACCAUUGGGAGGUGUUAAUGAUAACUGGAUUUCCAGCGACACGGAAAUUUUGGCUAAAAACGAAGUGGUCAAUGGAAAACAGAAGUAUGAAGUUAUCCGCCAUGUACGUGGAAAUGAUAAAAUCACCUACACUCUGGUGGUAAACCGACUGCGUGAAGAAGAUAGCGGUAGAUACAAAUGUACGGUAUUUCUUGUUGGAAAAAACCAGAGGGAAUGGCCGUACAAGUACGGGAAUAUGACCGUACAAGUUCCACCAACAAUUAAAGUGUCGCAGACCUCAAACACAGUCCAGCGAAAUCAGGCAUCUGAUGUUACUCUCAGGUGCAACGCUACAGGUAAUCCAAACCCCAACAUCACCUGGAUCAGAGCAGACGGCAAGCCUCUACCAGAUGGCAGGCUCAGUCACAGGGGUCAUUUUCUACACAUCACAAAUAUCAGGAAUGAUGAUCGAGGGAUUUACAGAUGCCUGGCAGACAACAACGUGAUACCACCCGCCCACCAUGACGCUAAGCUGGUAGUAAACUUCAAGCCAGAGGCCGAAGCUGUGCAGGACACAGUGGGACAGGCCCAGAAUAGACGGUUCCAUGCUCUUUUAGAAUGUAAAAUAAAAGGGAUGCCAGAGCCGAACCUGAGGUGGUUCAUGGUCACAGACACAGGUCCUGUUUCCCUGAUAGACGAUGCCAAGCAUGAUAUCAAUCAGCUGCUCACCCACGGCACAUCAUUGCAACUCAAUGAUGUUUGGUACUCACUGAAAAUCCUCAACGUCCAAGCGAAUGAUUACGGCGUGUACUAUUGUGAGGGAUCAAAUGCUCUGGGGACAAGUCGUGCGGAGAUUAGACUUUAUGAAACCUCACAAUGCCAAGUUCCGACUGUCCAUUAGGCUUUACCACGACGCCCGCCCCUUUUCACCGGACUCCGGCCAUUGUGAAGAACAUCACACGGAUCUCAGCAGUUCUGUUGAUUGACAUGCGCGAUCCACCCACCCAGCUGACAUCGACGGGGUACAGAAUAAGCUGUGAAG